GUGUGUUGUGAUGCAGGAGUGUUGCACAGGUUAAGUGAGUGUGUGUGUUGCGAUGCAGUAAGGUUGCACAGGUUAAGUGAGUGACUGAGUGAGUGACUGAGUGAGUGUGUGUGUGACUGAGUGUCAGGUAGGUGGUAGGUAGGUGUGUGGCUGUUGGGCGGAGUCACAGUAAUAACUCAGUAACAUCAGUGUCGGGGCGGUGUAUCGGGGCAGCCGCAGGGUCAGCGGGAGGCUGGAGCAGGGCAGCCGGACAUGGACACCAGCGGCGACAGCGCUGCCCCCUCGGCCAAGGAGGGCUCGGGCUCCAAGAAGAAAAACCUGAGCUUCUUCAGACCCAGACUGUACAUCCUGGAGCGGCGGCGGACAGACACCAUCAUCGCCGAGAGCUCGGCGGCCGCAGAGGAGGAGAAGAGCAGCAACUUGCGGAGGAGCCAAUCCGACCGCACGGAGUACAGCCGCAAACUCAAAGAAAAGAUGACGCCACAUGCAAUUCCCGAGACUGUGACCUCAGCCCUGGAUCUUGAAGAGCAGAGACAAAGGAAGAUGGCCAGGAGGUCAAAGAUCAUCAAAGAGCUUGUGCAGACUGAAAGAGAUUAUUUGAGUGAUUUAGAGCUGUGCAUCUCCGAAGUUGUACAGCCCUUGAGAAAGAAACAGGUGGAAAGCCUAGAUGUGGAUGGACUGUUCAGUAACAUUGAGUCAGUCUGUCAGAUAUCUGCUACGCUGCUGUCAUUGCUGGAAGAAGCUACAGCCGACGAUGAACCAGAAAUGCAAGUAAUAGGUGAGGUGUUCUUACAAAUUAAGACUCCAUUAGAAGAGGUCUAUAAAAUCUACUGUUAUCACCACAAUGAUGCCAACACUUUGCUUGAAAUGUACGAAAAAGAAGAAGAUCUUCAACAGCAUUUAAGGAACCAAGUCAACGAGUUGAAGAAAAUAUAUCACGAGCAAAGGAGCAGCACUUUAUUAGACAUGGGCUCAAUCCUCAUUAAACCAGUGCAGCGAGUCAUGAAAUACCCGCUGCUUCUGAGUGAGCUGCUGAAUUCCACCCCGGAUCUGCACGCAGAUUAUAAACCUGUUAAGGAAGCACUGGCAGCAGUAAAAGAAAUCAACAUGAACAUUAAUGAACUGAAAAGGAGAAAAGACCUGGUGAUGAAGUACAAGAAUUGUGAUGAAGACGAGUCACUAAGACACAGGCUGUCUAAGCUGAACAUCCGCUCUAUCGUGAAAAAAUCCAACCGAGUCACAAGUCAUCUCAAGAUCCUGACUGGAGGGGAGCAUCAGGUCAAAGAUGAGAUUUUUGAUAGAGAAGAAAAAAUGUUUCGAAACUUAGAAAAGGCUGUGAGACUUUGUGCAAAGAACACAUCCUGCUAUCUUCAAAACAUUCAGGAAGGUAUAUUACUAGCUGUUCAGAAUGUCCAUGAUCUUCAGAAGAUUUUACGAGAUUCCAAUCACGUCAAUGGCACUUAUCUUCAGGAGCUGAAAAACUCUCAGAGUUCAUUUGAACAUUUUAAAGACAAUUUGGAAAGACAAGUUGUGAUGCCGCUCGCUGCUCUACAGACUCUGUUUAGCGGUCCUCAGAAACUAAUACAAAAGCGUUACGACAAGAUGCUUGACUAUAUCAGCCGCCUCGAGCGCUCUGAAAGUGUGAAGGAGAGAAAAGCUGCAGAAGAACUGAAUCUGGCUAAAAAAGACUAUGAAGCACUAAACGCGCAGCUAGUGGAGGAGCUGCAGAAGUUUAAUAAGGCAGCCAGGACAGUCUUAAAUAACUGUAUUUAUUGUUUUACGGCUGCAUUCAGGGAUCAUAUGACUUCAGCUUUACUGGCCUCUCCAGCAGUCAAACAUCUACCGGCUUCUCUUUCAAUGAGCAUUGGGAACAGACAGAGUCAAGUCUUUGAAGAAAUUCACCAUUUGUGGUUUGUUAAGGAGUUCAGUACUGGAACUCAGAGGUUGGUUGAACGGAGGCUCAGCUCAGAUGAACGGUUGAAGAAAAGAUUGUCGACUUCUAUUCCUGAUGCCCCCCAUCAGACAGAAGAUCACAGGUCAAAGUUAUUGUCCGAGCACAGCCCUGAGAAACUAUUUCAAGCAAAGAGGAAGUUCAAUGCUGCACAAGAGCAAGAUGUGUGUCUUUACGAAGGUGAGAUUGUGGCCAUCCUUGAGCAGCAGGACCCAAUGGGGAGCACCAGCAGAUGGCUUGUUGACACAGGAAUGACGCAAGGCUACGUGUAUUCCUCAUUUUUGAGACCAUACAAUCUUGCGUGUGGACAGAAUGUGACAUCAGCAGUGCGCUACACUCCUAAUGGAGAUUUCGAUGACUUUAACCUAUUUGUGUCGCCUCAUUCUGGUGAUACAAACAGUGUAAAGAGUCUGCUCUUCAGAGGCAGCAAUGGUAACAGUAGUGUGAAUGGCUGUCAGGAAGGGAUCCCACCCAUCCCUGAGCCAGUGCCAAAAGAAAGAAGUGACGACAGUUCAAGUGACCUUGGAGAACAUGAGAUUUUUUAUGCUGUUUAUUCCUUUCAAGCACGGAAUGAACAUGAACUCAGCCUUCAGGAGCAGGAGCGAGUGAGAAUACUGAAGUUCAGUGACCUGAGUGGCAACAAAGAUUGGUGGCUGGCAGAGGCUAAAGGGCAAAAGGGAUACGUUCCUGCCAACCACCUGGGAAGGAUGUCCUAUGCUUGACAGCUCAUGAGCAAUAAGUGUAUUAAUA